UUCCUUUUGGUACCUGUGCACUACAGUAGCACAUCUGUAAUUUUUUUAUACAUUCAUAAUUUCGGCCAGUGCCUCGUGUUGUUGUUAAAAGAAAAAGAAAACUCCGUUAAAACAGGAUUCGAUAGUGAUUUGAAUGAAAAACGGCAGUUCGAAGUGUUCGAGAACAUUCCACAGAUAAAAUAGUGAUUCUAUAUUUUUUACUUUUUUAUAUUUAAUCCACUCACAAGAUUCAAAUGUGGCCAGUGAUUAAAGCAGUUGAGAUGUGUGCAUUUUAAUCUGUUUUUGUUCUGAGAUGUUGUACAUUGAAAUCGAGAAUAUAGUUAUCGAUUCACGUGAUUCUAUUCGGACUAACUGUUGUGUUUCUUGACGUUUUGCAAUAAGGAAUUUAUUACACCAUGUCACCGAAACCAAAUACCGGAUCACAAGCUUCACCAAGCGCCGAGCGUAGGGAGCACUUAUACAAGAUUCUGGUCAUCGGAGAGCUCGGUACGGGCAAGACGUCUAUCAUCAAGCGAUAUGUCCAUCAAUUCUUCAGCCAGCACUAUAGAGCCACGAUAGGCGUGGACUUCGCCCUCAAGGUCCUCAACUGGGAUGCGAAUACCAUCAUCCGGUUGCAGUUAUGGGACAUUGCAGGCCAAGAACGGUUCGGCAACAUGACUCGCGUGUACUACAAGGAGGCGGUGGGCGCGUUCAUCGUGUUCGACGUGUCCAGGGUCGCCACCUUCGACGCGGUGGUCAAGUGGAAGAACGACCUCGACACCAAGGUGCAGCUGCCGGACGGCUCGCCCAUACCUUGCAUCCUCUUGGCUAAUAAGUGUGACCAGCAAAAGGAGGGUAUAGUGAAUUCUCCGGCGAAGAUGGACGAGUAUUGCCGGGAGAAGGGCUUCGCGGGCUGGUUCGAGACCUCGGCCAAGGAGAACAUCAACAUUGAAGAGGCGGCGCGGUCUUUAGUUAAUAAGAUUCUUCUAAAUGACAAACUACUACAAAGCAACGAUAACAAGGAUGGUGACAGAAUCGCGCUCGACCACAAGAUCGCAAACGGCGAAAAUUCCCGGGAUGGCGGGAACAAGUCAUGCGCGUGCUGACCAACCACAGGCAGCCAUUCUCAACGGCCAAUCGGAACGCGUCGCCUCUCUAACAACCAUUUCUAUUGGCCUUUCAGAGACAGCGUUCGUUUCCAAAUUUAAAAGUUUCAAACUCUCUAUUUUAACUAUCGUUACGUAUGUCAUUUUAUUAUUGGUUUUUUUAACGACAUUCUAAAGUGCCUAAUUAUGAUCGAAUUUAUAAUAUUCAACACUUAGUUGAUACUGGAUGGAUGUAUAUUAUUUAACUUCGUGGAAAGUUGUCAUAUUUCUUUUUGUUUGUAAAUGUAGACUUCUUCGGGAGUUGUUUAGUGCCAUCUACGGCUAAAGUCAUAUUAAUUAUACGUAAUUGUAGUGUAUGAUAUAAUAACUUGUUUUUAAGUAUUACAUAUUGUAUGCGAGUGUGAGAGAUGUUAUUGUAAAAUUAUAAUAAAAUAUAUAGUGCAAAA